AUGGCUUCCGUGAUAACCUCCCCGCACACCGCCACGCUUCCUCGCUGUCCGCGCGCCGCGUGCCAGCCGUCGCCUCCAGCCGCCAUCCCUGCAUUGCAGAUUAGGCACCAUCACCACCACCAGCAGCACCCCCAGCAGCAGCAGCAGCAGCAGCAGCAGCAGCACCAGCAGCGCCGUUACAGUCAACAACUACAGGUCGCCUCCUUGCAGCCGCGACGGGCGGGGAAUGCGCACGAUUGGCACGCGCAUGCCACGUAUUGGGCACGUGGCUGGCACUCGCCCCGCCUCCUGAAUCGGCCACUUCCAUUUAGUGACCGUCAUUCGCGGCACGAGCAACAGCCUGGUCUUUUCGCAACCGCACCCCCCUUCCCAUCGCCGCACUCGCGCCAGCGUGGCAUGCAGGAGAGCCCACGUGUCGCCCAUCCGCACCUACGUGGCGUGCAGGCGAGCUCUCAUGGGUCGGACGCGGCGGGGCGCCUGCUGGCGGCGGGGGUCCGUGACUCGCAGCAGGGCGGCGCCUCAACGUGGGGCGGCUCGACAUUGGGCGGCUCGGCUUUGGGCGGCUCGACGUGGGGAGGUGAUGCGAGGGGCGGGACAACGGGGUCGCCUGGCAGGGACACGCGGUGCCAGCUGUUCUCGUCCCAAACGGCCCUGCGCAUUCCGCCCCUCACUAUAGUCACGGAGGCGGCAGCCAUGGACGAGCGCGAGGUGGCGGCGCUGCUGGCAGCAUCUGGGCAGAACGGACAACUCUUCCCCGCCCUGCUGCCGCCCGAGUCGCCGCCCGACGGCCGCCCGGUGCCCCGAAACGUGAACGUGGCUCGCGUGCCGGUGGACCAGAGGAGAGUCAGACGGGCUGAUGCUGCCAAGAUGAGGAGAGCGCUGGAUAAGAGCACAGUGACAGUGGGUCUGUACGUGAAGAAGGAAGACCUCUCAGAGGAUUAUUACACUGAGGAGGGCGAGGAGGUGGGGCAGGGGGAGGGAGAGGAGGUGGGGAAAGCGGAGGAGGGGGUGAGGAAGGAGAGGAAGGGCAGUGUGGAAGACGGCAGUGGUAGUGAUGGUGGGAGUGAUAGUGAGAGCAGCAGCAGCACCACCACCACCACCACAAGUGAUUGGGACACGCCAAGCAAGGGGGGUAGCAAUGGGGCGAGGGGGGGCAAGAGGAGGGGGAUGAGCAAGUGGGCGCGGAGGAGGAGGGCGAAGGCGGUGGAGGAGGCGCGGCGCAGUGUGGAGGGCAAGAGGCUUGUGGCGUUUGGGCGGGCGUACUCCGAUGGCACGCUCACUGCUGCCGUGCAUGACAUCGCGGUGGCACCAAUAUACAGGGGCCGUGGCCUCGGUACAAGGGUGCUGCAGAGAAUCCUCAGGGAGCUCCUAUCGAGGGGCAUAGGGGACAUCUCUGCUGUCGUGUGGCCCAACCAGCGGCGCGCGCGUGGACCAAGGCGCGCGCGUGGACCAAGGCGCGCGCGUGGACCAGGGCGUGCGCGUGGACCAAGGCGCGCGCGCGUGGACCAAGGCGCGCGCCCGUGGACCAAGGGGCGCGCGUGGACCAAGGCGCGCGCGUGGACCAAGGCGCGCCCGUGGACCAAGGCGCGCGCGUGGACCAAGGCGCGCCCGUGGACCAAGGCGCGCGCGUGGACCAAGGCGCGCUCGUGGACCAAGGCGCGCCCGUGGACCAAGGCGCGCCCGUGGACCAAGGCGCGCGCGUGGACGAAGGCGCGCCCGUGGACCAAGGCGCGCCCGUGGACCAAGGCGCGCGCGUGGACCAAGGCGCGCGCGUGGACCAAGGCGCGCGCGUGGACCAAGGCGCGCGCGUGGACCAAGGCGCGCCCGUGGACCAAGGCGAGCCCGUGGAGCAAGGCGCGCCUGUCGACCAAGGCGCGCCCGUCGACCAAGGCGCGCCCGUGGACCAAGGCGCGCCCGUGGACCAAGGCGCGCGCGUGGACCAAGGCGCGCGCGUGGACCAAGGCGCGCGCGUGGACCAAGGCGCUCCCGUGGACCAAGGCGCUCCCGUGGACCAAGGCGCGCCCGUGGACCAUGGCGCGCCCGUGGACCAAGGCGCGCCCGUGGACCAAGGCGCGCCCGUGGACCAAGGCGCGCCCGUGGACCAAGGCGCGCCCGUGGACCAAGGCGCGCGCGUGGACCAAGGCGCGCCCGUGGACCAAGGCGCGCGCGUGGACCAAGGCGCGCCCGUGGACCAAGGCGCGCCCGUGGACCAAGGCGCGCCCGUGGACCAAGGCGCGCCCGUGGACCAAGGCGCGCGCGUGGACGAAGGCGCGCCCGUGGACCAAGGCGCGCCCGUGGACCAAGGCGCGCCCGUGGACCAAGGCGCGCGCCACCUUCUCUUCCACACCCCUCCUUUCCUUUCUUCCUCUGGCUCUCCUUGUAUCAUCCACACCCCUUUCGGGGUUCCGGUUCGACCGCCUCCAGACCACCACGAUGCUCUUCAAGGGUCUGCCGCCUGCACACGCUGACCGCAACAACAACACCAGUGGUGGCAGCAGCAGUAACAGUGGCAGCAGCAGCAGCAGCAGCAGCAACAGCAGCAACAGCAGCAGCAGCAGCAGCAGCAGCAGAGAAAUUGGCAUAGCAGACGACAACCAGCAGCUGCAGAGGCAUACUGAUGCUGGCUUCCAACCAGCAGAGGGGACGGCAGCAGAGGGGACGGCAGCAGAGGGGACGGCAGCAGAGGCAGCAGAGGCAGCAGAGGGGAUAAUAAGGCAACGGGAAGGUUCAUCAGCCCAUGAGCAAGGCAAGGGGGGCAGGCAGGCAGAGGAAAGAGAGGCAGCACAUGAGGCAGAGCAUGAGGAGACAAGCGAGGUGCAGUGGGGGGGUUGGAGCAUGCGCAUACCACCACCCCUGCAGGUGCCUUACCCGCUCAAGGCACCCUUGCCAGCCCUGGUGACUCAACAAACGACAGCAGCAGUUGCUGCUGCUGAGGCACGGCCGGUGGCAGGGCAGCAGGCAGGGGGGGAGGCAGAGGGGCAACGAGGGGGCGUGAAAUUCCCGUGGGGGAGAUAA